AUGGCACCCGGAUUCGAUCAAUUGUCGGACCACGACUUCGAGGAUGAAAUAGACAAUAUCGACUUUAGCGACCUCAAAGAACGGUAUGAUGUGCGAAUGGAGGAGGGCCUUGACACCUUUGUGGUCAUUGAUGGCCUUCCGAUCGUCAACAAUGAGCAGAAAUCAAAACUCAUCAAAUUCUUGCUCAGGAGGCUGAAUUCCGCAGGCAGGAUAAAAGAUGGGGAGGAAUCGGUCUUCAUGCCCAUGAAUGACCAGGGCAUGUCCGAAGGCUUCGCAUUUGUUGAAUAUCAAACUCCCGAACAAGCAGUGGCGGCAACAAAGCAACUCCAUGGAACCGCCCUCGAUAAGAAGCACACACUUGCCGUCAACAAACUCACAGACAUUGAGAAAUAUGGUAGAGAAGGGAGGAUAGACGAACAAUACGUCCCACCUGAGGUUGAACCGUUUACGGAUAGAGAGCAUCUAAGGUCCUGGCUCUUCGACCCAGCCGCCCGAGAUCAAUUCGUCAUGUUCCGCGGUGACAAUGUCGGCGUGUUCUGGAACAAUAAGAAAGAACCUCCUGAACCUAUCGUGGAUCGCAAACACUGGACACAAUUAUUCGUAGCGUGGUCACCGCAAGGAACGUAUCUGGCAUCAACCCAUCAGCAAGGUGUGCAGCUGUGGGGAGGACGAUCAUUCAAGCGAAUCAAGCAAUUCCCUCAUCCUUUCGUUAGUCUGAUCGAAUUCUCUCCCGCAGAAAACUAUCUGUUAACAUGGUCGAAUACGCCCAUCACCGUGGAAGAAGGAAAGGGGCCUCUCACCAUUGAUGAAGAAGGCAAGCACAUCAUCAUCUGGGACAUCACCACCGGCAAAGUUCUGCGGUCAUUCGUUGCCUAUGACCUCACACCUCCGCCAGGCGCUGAUGCCAGCGCAAUUCCACCCAAGGCCAAGGUUCAAUGGCCUGCCUUCAAGUGGUCCGCCGACGAGAAGUACGUGGCACGGAUGAAACCGCAUGAAAGCAUAUCAAUCUAUGAGCUUCCUAGAAUGAACCUCCUCGACAAGACAUCGGUCAAAAUUGAAGGGAUUAUGGACUUCGAAUGGGCUCCAGCCAUGAUACAACGAGAAGGUGUCAAGACAUACGAAUCACUGCUCUGCUUUUGGACCCCAGAGAUUGGUUCAAACCCUGCUAAAGUGGCUCUGAUGUCGGUCCCGAGCAAGGAAAUUGUGCGAACACGCAAUCUCUUCAAUGUCACGGAUGCCAAACUUCAUUGGCAAUCUGAAGCGAAAUUCAUCUGCGUCAAAGUCGACCGUCAUUCGAAAUCCAAGAAAUCCCUUGCCACCAAUCUCGAAAUCUUCCGCAUUAAAGAAAAAGGUGUCCCCGUCGAAGUUGUUGACAGCCUUAAAGAUACCGUCAUCAACUUCGCCUGGGAACCGAAGGGUGACCGCUUUGUUCUCAUCACCGCCGGCGAAGCAGUCGCCGGUUCCAAUGUCCUGCCCAAAACAGCUGUGUCAUUCUUCGCCCCUGAAAAGAUCAAAGGCGCAGGCACCGGCGCGUUCAAGCACGUCCGCACGUUCGACAAGAAGAACAGCAAUGGGAUCUACUGGUCACCUAAGGGCCGCUUCGUGGUGGUCGCGACUGUCAGUGUCCAGCAACAUUCGGACAUUGAUUUCUACGACCUCGACUACGAAGGUGACAAGCCUGACAAUGAAGCCAAUCUGUCCGCAAACCUCAUGCUUAUGAAUUCUGAGGACCACUACGGCAUGACAGACGUAGAGUGGGAUCCCACGGGAAGAUACGUCGUUACCAGCGCAAGCGUGUGGACCCAUCAAAUGGAAAACGGCUACCGCCUAUGGACAUUCUAUGGCCAACUCCUUAGUGAGGCCCCUACGGAGAAAUUCAAGCAACUCCUCUGGCGGCCUCGGCCUCCUACCAUGUUGUCUAAGGAAGAACAGCGUAUGGUGAGGCGUAAUCUACGCGAGUACAGCAAGGAGUUCGAUGAGCUAGACAAGGAGAUGGAAGCGGGUGCGAAUCAGGCCGUCAUCGACGCCCGACGUCGGCUGUACAUGGAAUGGUACAGCUGGGUUGCGCAGGAGAAGGAGCUGCUCAAGCAGGAGCGCGAGGAGCUGGGUCUGCCGGAUCCAGAGAGCGAGUUGCAGCUCAUGCGCACGCGGAGUCUGGAAGUGGACGGCGAAAGGGUUGUCGAAGAAGUCGUGGAGGAAGUUAUCGAAGAGACGGAGGAGAUUGUGCAGUAA